UGUUUGCCGGACGCUCAAACACAACAGGAACACUGGAGACUGUUUCGCUGUACAGGAACCUGGAGACGAGCUCUGGCUACAACCACUUUUUAGGAUUACACUGGUUGUUUCACCUUUUGACAGCAACAAACCACCAGAAGUAGCCAUGGAUUUUCUCAAUCACAACUAUUUGAAUGCGCGCAGCCCAUAUGACUACACUUUCAAUUUCUGGAACGACUAUCUCGGGCUGACGACGUUGGUUACAAAGAAUAAUAAGCUCAGCAUGCCACAGAAUCCCAACUCCAUCACUGAGUCCCUGAAAGCCACCCUGGGCUUGGACGAUUCCCCGGCGUGUCCGUGCGUAAUCGUAGGCAACGUUGGAGAGAGCGGGCACUUAGACUGUUGCUGCCCGUCCGGGAGCCCCCCGCCGGCCUCUAUCCUGGACUUAAAAGAGCGUUUCUCGAUACUGAGCCCCUUCCAAAACCAGCUCGGGGUCCAGGUGCCGGAGCGGGAGGUGGGGUUUGGUGGAAGCUUCGCGGGGUUUGAUCUGUUCGGCAUGGAGAGAAAGAUGCGCAAACCAGCUUCCAGGAGCAAGCAGGAGCCAAAAAUCUGUGUCUUCUGCCGAAAUAACGGAGCGCCGGAGGAGGUGUAUGGCUCCCACGUCUUGAAGACUCCGGAUGGCAGGGUCGUGUGCCCGAUUUUGAGGGCUUAUACCUGUCCCCUUUGCAGUGCCAACGGGGACAAUGCCCACACGAUAAAAUACUGUCCACUGUCAAAAGACCAGCCAUCCCAGCGACCAUUAAAGGGAGGCAGGGCUGUGGGUGGUAAAAGGAUGAAAAUAUUCUAAACAGACAAGACUAUAAAGUAAAUUGAAUUGCACUGAACAAUUUCCACGACUGUUUUGAUUUAGACUCAAGCCUUUAUCCCAGUUUCAUAAACAUAUUGAUUUUCUUUUUUUUCUCUGAGAUCUUAUAUUUUUAUAGUUCCUUUAUCCACAUAGAAUGAUUUUAUGCUUUAUUUUUCCUUCUAGUUUGUAGUCAUUUGAGCGUGUGCAUAUAUAUACACACACACCUA